AUGGAAAGACCCAGAUACUCAAGAAAACUCUCAUCAAACUCUGUGCAUCGUAGACGGUCAACUUCAAGAAAGCCGCGACGCAGGCGGUCGUCUUCUUCUAAUUCCAGGGUGCGACCGCUCUCUGCAGAUUUCUCAUUCGCUGACGACCCCCAUCUCGAACCCGAAUUCUAUGAGAGUAAGGCCACACUUGACAAUACUCUUCCUCUUGACUAUUUUAAGCAGGACGUUCUUGCUGUGAUACAAAACCUCCGAAUACCAAAAUGGCGCAAAAUCCCGCUGACGGGCUCUUCUCUUCAAAAUCUCGAGCUACACCGUAUUAGCGGUGCAUUAACAAAUUGUGUCUAUAAGGUGACCUACAAGAACCUCUAUCCGCUUCUUUUAAGACUGUAUGGAGCCAAUGUCGACAACAUCAUUGACAGAAAAAGCGAGCUCUUGACCCUGCAACGGCUCUCGCAAAGGAAUAUAGGCCCCAAGCUCUUGGGCUGUUUCUCGAACGGCAGGUUCGAGGAAUUCUUGAACGAUUCCAUCACCCUCAACAAGGAGCAAAUCAGAGAACCGAAAGUGAGUCGAAUGAUUGCCAGAAGAAUGAAAGAACUGCAUUAUGGCGUUCCCUUGGAACCCGACGAAAAACUUCAGGGGCCAAAAGUAUGGAAUUUAAUCAGCAAAUGGGCCCAUUUGGUGGACGAGAUGGAAACUAGUGCCACACAAGACGACCAGAUAAAGGUGUUCAUGUGCACUUGGGCGCACUUCAAGCAAAUUGUUGCCAGAUACCAAGAGUGGCUUUAUUCCCAGUACGGCGGACAAAUAAAUGUUGAUGAGAAGCUAAAAUUCUGCCACAACGACACUCAGUACGGAAAUCUGCUCUUCUACAAUAAGUAUAACCAGCCAUCGUUCGAUGAGGACGACUCGGACGUGGAAUCUAUGGCGCUCGACGAAUCACUGGCUCAAAAAACGUCGUCCCUGUCACUUUCUACAGAAGACACAACGCUGCCAUUGGUUACCGACUUGGACUAUAAAGAUGACAAAAAGCUUGUCGUCAUUGAUUUCGAGUAUGCUGGGCCGAAUCUGCCUGCAUACGAUAUCACCAAUCAUUUUUCUGAGUGGAUGGCCAACUACCACGCUAUCGAUAGCCACAAGCUCAGAGUUCACAGAUAUCCAACUCGAGAAGAGAGAAUAAACUUUUUGAACACCUACGUUAAUUAUGUUCCUGGAUCUUCAACUCCAAAUCUUGUUCCACAACCCGGUCAAUCCAGGUCUUCUGCCACGCCCACAUUUUUGACUCAGGGGUCGUCUUCAGUGGUGAACCUGAAGGAAAGCGAGCUACCAGCCCGCGUGGUGGAAUUAUACAAUGAGACAAUUAUCUGGAGAGCCGCCAAUUCAAUCUUCUGGGCCUUUUGGGGAGUCAUCACCAAAGGUUCCAUUUCCGGCGAGAAGCCGGUGCAUUUGAAAGAAGUUUACGAGACCGGUCCAAAUGGUGAAGUUUACCGCGUCACCAUUGAGGAAGACAUGGAUUUGGACGAUGAGGCCGCUGUUGAAGAAAUUGGCGACGACAACGACGAUAACUUCGACUAUCUCCACUACUCGCUCGAAAAAGUGGGAAUGGUUAUGGGUGACCUUAUCCAGCUUGGACUGGUUGCCAAGGACGAACUGGACCCAAGAUUCCACUCGCAAAUUAAGUACUUGGAUGCGGAAAUCCUACAUGUUUGA